AUGGCGGACAAUCAUCUGGAAUACGCCUAUCUGCAGGGACAGUCCAUCGGGGAGCAUCUCGCUGAGGAUCCGGAGCUGGCAGCUAUUAAGGCCAGAGUUCAGGAACUGGAAAUGGAAGAAGAGACCGAAAGGAUGAAGGAGGAGGGUGUAGAAGAGCCUGACAGGUGCAAUGGUGAGGAGAUGCAGCUGCUGACCAACAGCCCUCGGCCUGGCCCAUAUUACAACAUGACAUCUGAGGAGCGGAUAGAUGCAGACAACAGGUCCAUCUAUGUAGGAAAUGUGGACUAUGGCGCUACUGCAGAUGAGCUGGAGAUCCAUUUUAAUGGUUGCGGUCCUGUCAACCGUGUAACCAUUCUCUGCGACAAGUUCUCUGGUCACCCAAAAGGCUUUGCCUACAUUGAGUUCUCUGAUCGGAAUUCGGUGCAAAGUGCCAUUGCCCUGCAUGAGACUUUAUUCAGAGGACGAGUUCUCAAGGUGUUGCCCAAAAGGACCAACAUGCCCGGCAUCAGCACCACUGACAGGGGAGGCCACCGAGGAGGCCACUCGAGAGGCAGAGGGCGAGGUUUCCAGCCCCCCAGGGGUCAGCAUGGCUCGCGUGGCAGGUUUCGCUAUCAGUCCACUAGACCGCAACACCAGAACCCGCACCCUUACUAUGGUGGGCCCCCGGUGGGGAAACGACAGUGGGGCCACCUGGAUUAUCAUGAACAGCCUUCAAAACGCUACCCUUGUCUUCUUCUUAUCACCCCACCUUCAGAGGAAAUGGGAGCCGGGGCAAGCGGACAGCAUUAUCCUCAGCAGCGCUAA